GCGUUGACGUACGCUACAUGACGCAAAUGCGGCAUCUGACCCGACCAUGGAGAGAAGUGACUUUCUGCUAACACUAGCUGCUAAGCGAACAUUGUGAAAUGUUAAUGUUUUCUUUGGCUUCCCGAGUGUCUCAUAAACGUACUUUAAAAAGCGUUAUUCAUUUUAACUGAUGUAUGAAGUUUGUUGUGUGUUUCUAGGGCAAGAUUACCUUCCGUUAGCUACAGAAGCUACGAGUGUUAGCUUAACCUGUUAGCUGAAGGCAGACACUCAGCAGGACCGAGCUCACAGCAAGUCAGAGGGACGUUUUGAUGGAAAACAGGCGGUGUUUGUGAUGCUUAAGGACUUAAACUUCUCUGUUGUGAAUGAGCAUUUCAGGAGUUCAGCAUUGGAGAAAGGACAGCUUACAGGGAAGGGAGGAUCCAACACACAGUGAGCAAAUGGACUCAGUUUCAUGGUGACUAUCUUCUACACCAUUUUUAACUGCAUUUUACUAAGAAUAUUAGUUUCUUUAAAGCCGAACUAACCAAAGCUGUAUUCUGGAAUAUAGAAACGGGGAGCCCACUGAGCAAUACAGAUGAAUUCAACAUUGAGGCUACAGACCUAAUUUCGACCUGGCUCACGCUUUUACCCCAAAGAAACCACUGAAGAAAAUUGGGCAGCUAUUUACAACAUAUAAGAAUUAAACACGUGAUUAAAGAUAAUCGUGACACAAAAAAGACAUAUUUUGCUGUUAAAAUCCCGGAGGUGACGUAAAAGGGGACGUCCCAUUUGUACUCUCAUUCAUUGUGUGAACGUCGGUGAUAAAUUGUUUCGGUAGAAGCCAAUUUGUGUAAAAAAAAAAAAAAUGGUAAAACGUUGCAUUGCCGGUGGUUGCAGCAACACUGCGACAGCAACCGUUAGUCUGCACUACUUUCCCGAAGAGAAGAAGAUCAGAGCUGCCUGGAUCAGAGCAGUGAAACUGACGAGGGAUAGAUGGCCUGGUCCAACCAAGUACAGUCAGUUGUGCUCCGAGCACUUUUCGGCUAACUGCUUCGUGGAACAAACGUCCGAAUUCGCCAGAGAAAUGAUGUCGGAGUUCGGGAUAUCUUAUAGACGGAGGAGAAUGUUGAAAGCAGAUGCUAUCCCCACGCUUUACAGCGCAUCUACUAUGAAAACGUCGUCGACAAAAAAGUCGCUAGCUGUAGCUCGGCAGAAAAUGGUGAAGGAAACUUCACCAGAAUCGAGUUCUGCUCAUGGAGAAACUGUCCUCACAGGAACAUUGUUGUCAGAACCUCAAGAUGUAAGCGUACAUGCGAGGGUUGUGUCUACAAACUGCCCUGUGUGUGGACAUCAGAAAAUGGAGACUAACACCAAACCACCUCCGACUAGGACACCUGACAUUAACAAGCCCAACAUCCAGCACCUGUUGGUGAUCAAAGAGGAGCUUCCUGCUGAGGAGCAGAACUGCAGUCCCAAACCGGAGCCGGAGGACCAGAAGCCCCCACAGAUUAAAGAAGAACAGGAGGAGGCUGAGAUCACGGAGUCAAAGUUCAGUCCUGUCCCUGUGAAGAGUGAAGAUGAUGAGGAGAAACCUCAGUUCCCAGAACUGCAUCACAACCAGACUGAGGUGAACAUAGACUCUGCAGGGCCAGAUCAAGAUGAAUGUUUAGAAUCAGAUGUUGAAGAUAAAACUUCAGAUUCUUCUUCAGAGUCCUCAGAGACGGACGUCAGUGAUGGUAACUGGGAGGAGAGCAGCGAAACUCAAUCAGGUCUAGACUCUGUGAAACACAAAGUCCGUGUCGGUUAUAGAGAAACUCAGAAAGGUAAAAAGUUACACAUCUGCACUGAGUGUGGGAAAACAUUUAGCCGCAAACCUAAUUUGUUAGAACACAACAGAAUCCACACAGGAGAAAAACCCUUCAGCUGCUCCGUCUGUGACAGAACCUUUACAUGGAAACAGUCAUUGACGCAACAUAUGAGAACGCACAGCGAAGGAAAGCCUUUCAGCUGCUCCGUCUGUGACAAAGCUUACACUUCUAAGGGAAGCUUAAUAGAGCACACAAAAGUCCACACAGGGGAACGACCUUUCAAAUGUUCUGUCUGUAACGCAGCUUUUAAAAGGAAGAAUAAUUUAACAGAACAUGAAAGGAUUCACACUGGAGAGAGGCCGUUCAGCUGCUCCGUCUGUAACAAAGCUUUUACCUCUAAGGGAAACUUGAUAGAACACACAAAGGUCCACACAGGUAAAAGACCUUUCAGAUGUUCUGUCUGUAAUGCAGCUUUUAAAAGUAAACAAACUUUAGUAGAGCACAUAAGAACCCACACAGGGGAGAGGCCAUUCAGUUGCUCAAUCUGCAGCCGAACCUUUGGUCACAAGUCAUAUCUUGCCGUUCACAUGAGAGAUCACACUGAAGAAAAACCUUACAGCUGUUCUGUUUGCAAUGCAACAUUCAAAAGGAAAUUUACCUUAGUGGAACACACAAAAACCCACACCGGAGAGAAACCAUACAGUUGCUCGGUCUGUGGCAAGAGCUUUGCUCAUUGUUUGAGUCUGACCUGUCACAUGAGAAGUCACACAGGGGAAAAUCCAUACAGUUGCUCGGUCUGUAAGGUAACGUUCAGAUGGAGACAAGCAUUUGUGAAGCACACCGGUACGCAUGCAGGAGAAUGAUCUGUUACCUGCUCAGACUGUGAUCAACGCUUUAGUUAGCUCAACAGGCAUCACUGGGGAAAAAAGAUGUAUACAACAUGAGGUUUUAUGCAUUC